GUCUCCGUGCUGCCCGCUCCACAGAGUCACCUUGGCCCGGCUCUGCAGCUGCUGCACCGGCUAGAGAGAGCAGGCGGUCCCGUGCGGCUCAGAGGCACUCAGGCAGCAGCGGGAAUCUGACCGGCGACUCCAACAUGGCGGACACGAAGCCGAAGACUUCCCCGAAGGCCGUCAAGUUCCUGUUCGGGGGCUUAGCCGGGAUGGGUGCGACAGUCUUUGUUCAGCCGUUGGACCUGGUGAAGAACAGGAUGCAGCUGAGCGGUCAGGGAACGAAGGCUCGAGAGUACAAGACCAGCUUCCACGCUCUGUUCUCCAUCCUGAGGAACGAGGGGGUGGGAGGCAUCUACACCGGUCUGUCAGCAGGUCUGCUGCGUCAGGCGACGUACACGACGACCCGUCUGGGAAUCUACACCAUCCUGUUUGAGAAGAUGACCGGCGACGACGGACGGCCGCCCAACUUCCUCCUCAAGGCGCUGAUCGGUAUGACGGCCGGGGCCACCGGAGCCUUUGUGGGCACGCCAGCAGAGGUCGCUCUGAUCAGGAUGACGGCAGACGGACGUCUCCCUGCAGACCAGAGGAGAGGUUACAGUAAUGUUUUUAACGCUCUGGCUCGAAUCACCAGAGAAGAAGGCGUCACCACUCUGUGGAGGGGAUGUGUUCCAACGAUGGCUCGAGCUGUGGUGGUGAACGCAGCUCAGCUGGCCUCCUACUCCCAGACCAAACAGGCACUGCUGGACUCAGGGUAUUUCGGCGACGAUAUUCUUUGUCACUUCUGUGCCAGUAUGAUCAGUGGUCUCGUUACCACGGCAGCCUCCAUGCCCGUGGACAUCGUAAAGACCAGGAUCCAGAACAUGAGGAUGAUCGACGGGAAACCCGAGUAUAAAAACGGUCUGGAGGUGCUGAUGCAGGUUGUGAGGAACGAGGGCUUCUUCUCUCUGUGGAAGGGCUUCACUCCGUACUACGCCCGGCUCGGUCCCCACACCGUCCUCACCUUCAUCUUCCUGGAGCAGAUGAACCGCCUCUACAAGACCCGCGUCCUGGACGGCUGACCCGCACACACACACACACACACACACACACACACACACACACACACACACACACACACACACACACACACACACACACACAAUGGACUGCAGCAGUACAAACCUCAUCGUCACAUCUUAACUCAGAGCCGAAGAAUUUAAAGGGACAGUCCCAUAUUUGGUGAAGUCCUGCUGUGAGACAGACUUUGGUGGACUGUCCCUUUAAGAUCAACACACACACACAUCCCUGUACUUCUGUCUAUGUGAGGACUCUCAUUUACAUAAUGCAUUGCCAAGCCCCUUACCCUUCACUUAUGAAUACCUGAACCAGGUCUGAGCCCUCCAAAAGACCUUUGAGGGUUCAGACUGUCCUCACUCUGAAGGUGUGACACUAAGACUGGUCCUCACAAAGAUGCACACACACACACACACACGCACUGUGUUUUAAGUUCUUUUUGUAAAGAAAAGACUGUAGAGUAAAUGUAGUUCAAACAUCGUUAGUGGUGUUGUCAAUAAUAAUAAUAACAAUAAUAUAAAAGUCUUAUUUGUAAAUGUACGACCUCUCCAGCACACGGCAUCAUGGGAUGCUGGGUAACCAUGGUUACAGCCAGAGAAUGAUGGAAGAAUAAACAGUUUGAGCCUCACUUUGUUUGUUGUUAUUAUAAUUUAUUUUAUCUUUGGAUAUUACAACUAUAUUUUACUCUUCAAUAUGACUUUUCCAAACAUGAAAACUUUAUUUAUGUGUUGGAGCUUUUAGAGGCUCUGAACGUUCUGCAAAGAGCAGGAAGUAGUAAACCCUACCAAAAUAGAAUGAAUUAACAUUUCGGUUGACUUAAAAGAACAAAUACUUAUUUUCUUCUUCUCAGCAGCUC